CAGAGGGGUAGGAACUAGGAGGAAGCUGUAGGCUACUUUACUGGAACAGGACCCUGUGAAGAGCGGCUUCCUCCCAUUCCUCGAGCUGUCUCCCUGUUGGACAGGCAAAGGUGCAGCAUGGCAACCACUAUUCUGGGUGUAGGUACAGGCGUCUUCAUAUUGGCUGUUGUUUGGGUGGUGACUUUACUGCUGUGUCUGCUGCUGGCGAGAGCAUCUGGUCCAGCAAGACUGUUUGUGGUUUUGGCAUUGCUGUUAGCAGUGAUCAUCACAUUAAUUCUUAUUUUCAUCCCACGAUCAAGUGAGACUCCAACGCCACAAAAGGAAAUUCAAAUUGUAGAUACCUACUUCAUCGGACGUUAUUUCCUCGUUUCCAUCAUGAGCGUUAUCUUCCUUGGAAGCAUAUUUUUUGUUCUCAGUUUCAAGCUCCUGGAGCCAGUGUACGCCAGACCUCUGGAUUUACGCUAACAGCAGUGCUAUAAGAUGACUUUUUUCUCAGAUGUUUUGUGUAAUAUUAAUCAGAGUGUACAUUUAUUUUUUUUAUACCCUGUACAAAGUGUAUUAUUUGGACUGAGAAAACAAAAUUGUAAUUCUGUGCAUUUUGUCAAUAAAGUUUAUUUU